UGGGUUGGUUGAUGGCUCGCCACGGGGCGCCGGUCCACGACUCCCGAGGUUGGGUUUCCUUCCUGCAAAAAUGGUCUUCGUCGGGUGAUCCCCGACUUUGGCACCUCUGAUGAGCAAGUCAGUUGUCUCCAUUUUUUUCUCCCCUUUUUGGAGACCGUGAUAGAGGUCUUUAUAUUAUUGUGAGAAGGUCGGUCAUACGUGGAUUGACAUGGUGGACAUAGCACGACAUUAGUACGGAUUCUGGCUUGGUGUGCGGGCAUUGUCGUAUCGGGAUUACCGGGACCAGGUGUGUCGAACAGUGUCUUGGGGGUACGAGUUCUGACGCAGCAUGUGACAUCAGCUGUGACGUGUCCAUAGGGCAAUACAUACCUUAUCAGUGGUGAUAUGGAUGAUGCAUGAAUAACUUGAUUCUGUUCAGAUCCUAUAUGCAUAAUAAAUCUGAUAUAGUCAAAUGUUCAAACAUUCCCUCGGGGUUGAAUACAACUCGAACAAUAUGGGUUUUUUUUAUCUUGAUCAGAAGUGAUCCACUUGUUACGGUAAGUAACUUUUUUAGCCGUGACCUCGGGGUCGACACGGUUGGUUCAGGGCUCCGAAUGGCUGGGGUUAGACGUGGCUCCCCUUGGGAUCUCGUGGCGGCCGUUGCAGGGGGUCUGGCUGGAAAGUUCCGCGAUACCGAGUAGGGCUUAACAAGUCCGCCCAAUCUUUGAUCUGGAUCUUCCAUUAUGCGACGGCCCUGAUGGACAGGGUGCGUGAUGCCGGGCGGAUCAUCGGGGGCCUCAUCAACCGUAAUGCCGAGCUCCACCGCCAGGUGGAGGAGGUUCGCGCUGGGGCCGGUCCAGAGGCCGUGGCAGCCGUCGAGAGGCGCGCGGCUGAGUUUGAGGCGGAGGCGGCUCGCCUCUUGUCGGAGCUCGAGGCCUCGAAAAAUGCGAACGAGGAGCUCCAAAAGACAGUAAGGUUGGAGCGGGUCGAGCUCCGACUGUUGAAGUCGGAGGCGAGCGCCCUCAGCAAGAAGCUGGAGGGGGCGAAGGCCGAAGCAAGAGCAGCCUCGGAAGCAUUGGCGGAGGAGGCCCGACUUCGACUCGCGAAAAACAAGGAGCUCCUCAAGGCAUACAAGAAAUCGGAGGGGUUCGAGCUUGGGCUGACGCGGACGGGGCGGGUAUCAUUCGAAUAUGGAUACCGAAUCGCUACUUCCCGUUUCCGCGCUCGUCACCCUGGUCUCGAGGUGGAGGAUAACCCCUUCGCUCCUCACCCCGAGGACCAAGGGGUAGACAUGCCCGAGGAGGUCCCCUUCGACGAUCGCCUGGAGGAGCCACAACAAUGAAGAAGGGUCCUGUAUUUUGUUUUGCUAGUCGGUUUUUGUAAGUCGGGUCCUGUAAGUUGGCUUGCU